AUGCGCGAUGAAGCCAUAUCUUGCGCUGCUCCUCCCCCUUUGAGCGAUUUUGGCGAAGGACUUCUGGAAUUGUUCGCUGCUGUUCUCUGCACGAAAACCUGCAGGUUUGGUUAUGCAGAUUACCCUCAUUGCUGCGUUGUCUCAGUGUUUGUUUCCGCAGGAACCCCACCCCACAUCUCUAGUAAAAAUGCCGAAAACCGGAUUGCUUUCGGUGCGUGCUCGGUUGGUCUGUUCACACCGUCAGUCAGUCAGCCAUCCGAUGCUUGUGCAGACAAGACAGGCAAGGCCCCAUGGAUGGGCGGCGCUUCCAGGAACGGCUGUGGUGGAUGGAUGGAACGUGCCCUGCCUAGGCCACCUCCAUUCAGGCAGGUUGCUCGGAAACACGUCUUUCGGUUUACUCGUUCUACACGGAGCUGGCUUGGAUUGCUUUAUUGUAAAAUUAGCAUCCAUAAUCGCUUUCUAACCCGGCUGUUUUCCAAGCCCCAAAGCGACUGUGAAUCUGAUUCUCUCCCAUAUAACUACCUGUGUUUUACUCGCUGCGACCCAACAAGCACUUCUCAACUUCACCCUCCGGAGAAAUCCAAUACAGUUCGUUAA